AUGGGUUUCGAUGAUUCAUGCAACACAGGUCUUGUUCUUGGAUUAAGUCUCUCACCAACUCCCAAUAAUUACAAUAAUGCAACCAAGCGAUCCUCUGGUUUCAAACUCGAACCGUCGUUGACUCUAAGCCUCUCUGGAGAUCCCUCGGUGACGGUUGUCACCGGAGCUGACCAGCUCUGCCGUCAGACGUCGUCUCACAGCGGAGUCUCUUCUUUCUCAACUGGAAGGGUGGUGAAGAGAGAGAGAGACGGCGGAGAAGAUUCACCGGAGGAGGAUGAGACGACGGAGAGAGUUAUAAGUGACUAUCAUGAAGACGAAGAAGGCGUUAGCGCUAGAAAAAAACUUAGGCUUACAAAAGAACAAUCUGCUCUUCUUGAGGAUAGCUUCAAGCAUCAUAGCACUCUUAAUCCCAAGCAAAAGCAAGUUCUGGCUAGACAGCUGAAUCUAAGGCCUAGACAAGUUGAAGUAUGGUUUCAAAAUAGAAGAGCCAGGACAAAGCUGAAGCAAACAGAAGUAGAUUGUGAGUUUUUGAAGAAAUGUUGUGAAACAUUAACGGAUGAGAACAUAAGACUUCAGAAAGAGAUUCAAGAACUCAAAACCCUAAAACUGACUCAUCAGCCCUUUUACAUGCACAUGCCUGCCUCGACUCUCACGAUGUGUCCUUCAUGUGAGAGAAUUGGUGGCGGCGGUGGCGAUAACGUAGGAGGAGGUGUCGGAGGUGGUGGAAGCGUGGCUACCACGGUGGUCAUCGAUGGAGGUACGGCGAAGGGAGCUUUCUCUAUCUCGUCAAAGCCUCACUUCUUCAACCCUUUUACCAAUCCGUCUGCAGCUUGUUGA